ACUUCACGAAAAGAUACGACGCGUUUGGGAACGAACCAUUGUCCGGUUUGCAGAAGGUCGUCGCGUGUCUCCGCAUUCUCGCGUACGGGUUGCCUGCGGACGCCGUUGAUGAGUAUAUCGGUAUAGCCGAGUCCACGGCCCGCCAGGCGCUUGAGAAAUUCUGUGAUGCUAUCAUUCAUCAAUUUGGCCCCUACUACCUUAGAGCGCCGAAUGAAUCUGAUGUAGCUAGUCUACUUCGCACCGGAGAGGAGCGUGGGUUUCCAGGGAUGCUAGGUAGCACUGACUGCAUGCACUGGGAGUGGAAGAACUGUCCUACUUCUUGGCGAGGACAGUUCACAGGUCGUGGUUCUCAUCCAACCAUGAUCCUAGAGGCAGUUGCGUCACACAACCUACACAUUUGGCAUGCUUACUUUGGGAUGCCCGGCAGUAACAACGACACAAACGUGCUGCAUAGGUCGCCAAUUUUCUCGGCAUACCUUAGGGGUCAGCAAAUGCCUGUUAGCUACAUUGUCAAUGGGAACACGUACGACAUGGGGUAUUUCCUUGCCGAUGGCAUAUACCCCGAAUGGCCUGCGUUUGUCAAGACCGUCCGGCACCCAAUGGACCCAAAGACGAAGCACUUCGCUAAAUGCCAGGAAGGAGCUCGAAAGGACAUUGAGCGGGCAUUUGGCGUUCUCCAGGCUAGGUGGGCAGUGGUGCGUGGUCCGGCAUAUGGCUGGAGUGCUGAUAAUAUACAUAGCAUCAUGAUGACUUGCAUCAUUCUGCACAACAUGAUAAUCGAAGAUGAAGGGCGAGGUGCAAACAACAUAAACUUUGAUCGAGUAGGAGAGCUUGCAGUGCCAUACACCAACUCUGUGGACAGGGAGCAAUUCAUUCAGCGGCACCACAAGCUUCGAAACGUGGCUGCUCAUCGCCAAUUGCAGUACGACCUGAUUGAGCACCAGUGGGCGAGGUUAGGCUCCCAAGGAGGUAACUGAAGGUGGAUUCUUUAUGUGCUAGUAGUCUGAAAAUGUUGGUUUAUGUAAGAUCGAAAUGUUGUUGUUGUAGCAAUGGUAGUAUGUUAGUAAGUAUUUUUAAUA